AUGUUAUUGUUAUUAUUAUCCAGUUUAUUUUAUCAAUAUAUAAUUUCAACAUUAAUCACAUCAGUGAUAAUACUACUUUGUUAUUUUACCAUCGUUGAAUACAGAAGAGUUCAACGACGAGAUAAAUCUCGUUUACGUCAUCAAAAAUAUUCUUUAUCUGAUCAAAAUGAUAUUGAUUCGAUUCGAAAACAAUUAGAUCCAUUAGAUCAUACACUCUACUGGUAUCCUGUUGCUUUGUCACAUGAAAUAACAAAUAAACAACCAUAUGGAUUUCAGCUAUUAAAUGAACCAUUGUGUCUUUAUCGUACUGGUAAAAACAAUGAUGUAGUGUGUGUCGUUGAUCGAUGUCCUCAUCGUUCAGCUCCUUUGAGUUUGGGUCAAAUGACAAAACAAGGCACUCUCGAAUGUAUUUACCAUGGAUGGCAAUAUGGUGUCGAUGGCAAAUGUCAAGUUAUCCCGUCGACUUCAAAAUAUUCAAAUGUAGCAUCAGUGAUAUGUGCACAAACAAAACCCGUUCAUGAACAGUAUGGUUUUAUAUGGGUAUGGCCAGGUAGAAAAGAUUUAGCACAUUCCGAUUUAAUUCCUCAUCAAUUAUUAGCCGAUUUACAACAUUCAACUGACUAUAUUAUGUCACCAGAAGGCUAUCGAGUGUUGGACAUACCCUACGAUUUAAUGGUCGAUAAUCUACUGGAUAUUGCGCAUAUCGAUUUUACUCAUGAUGGUCUCAUUGGUAAACGUUCAUUAGCCACAUGUAUCAAAUGUGAGAAAUUAUCAACAAAUCUAUUUUCAUCAAUUAAUUCUGAAUCAUGCUCGUUCAAACUCACACGUCCUGAAUCAACAAAAAAUAAAGGAGAAUGUACAUAUAUGCAUUUUUUACCACCAUGUUUCAUUCGUCUUGAACACAUAUUUCAAAAAGAGCGAAAGUUUACCCAAAUCAUGAUCAAUAUACCAUCAGCAACAAAUAAAAUGAAAUUAUUAUUUCAAUUUUAUCGUAAUUUUGCAAAGUUUAAAUUUGUUGAAUAUAUUCCUGGUUAUGAUUAUUAUAUGAAUAAUAUGAACGUAAAAAUAGUCAAUCAGGAUUUAUUAUUACUAGAUGGUAUUAAUCGAAAUGUUGAUUUAUAUAGUGCACCACUGUUAGGAUCAAUUGUUUCAGCUGAUCAACCAAUUAAAGCAUUUCGAAAAUAUCAAAUGAAAACAUUGAUGAAAUAUCAAACAAUCUAUUUCAAAUCAUGGCAGAAACAGAUAUUUAAAGAUGGUGAAGGUAGUGGAAACUCUAUCGACGAUAUUGAAGACUUAAGAACAUCAUGA